CUGACUAGUGACUGACUGCUUAUCUUCACGUGGCACGCGUGCACGAGCUGUGAAAGUCACUUUUUCUUUGUUUUCUAGAUUCUUGGUUUUGUUCAAAUCGUUCUUCAUGCGUUGAGGGGUAGAUCUACACCGGAGAAAUUUGCAUUGAAUUAGUAAGUAGUCUGCGUGACCUCGGAAGUCUGCAGUAACAGUUCCUAAAACCUCGGACAUUCGCAAAUGCUAUAGUACAGGUGUACUGCUCUCGCGGUGGUGACUUAGUCUCCCCGUAUUGAAUCAUGUCGACGCGCAUGACAUUCUACUAUUGCUGCCUCCUGUGGAGCAUAGCAGCUAAUACAGUGUUGGCCACCCCGCUCAAGGCGAGGGAGUCCAGGCGAGCGGCAAGGCGAGUACCGACCCUGGAGGACACGACUACGUGUACCAUGCCACCCAAGGAACUGACCGUACCAGCCAGACAAUUUAGCUUUGAUGACGAGGAUGGGCACUCCAUAGAGAUUGAAUGGCUUGGUAAAAACGGCAAGACAAAAGUUGUUUUGUGUACAAACGGCAAGUUUGGUCAAGAUCUGCUUCAUCACUAUGGAGAAGUACGGAUAGUGGUUGUACUACAGCAAUGAUACGUACAAGUUGAGCAACAGUAUCAUUCGAUCGUCCAGCGGCCCUCUGAAGAGUCCCAGUGAUCCCACCGCGUAAGUGUCCCGGCACA